CUUUUCAGUAGCAGAGCAGCAGAGUGACAGUGUCAGUGCUGGAUGUGAAGAUGGGGCACACUUUGCUCUGUGUGCUCUCAUUAUUCUUGCUGAACACACUCCUCUAUGGAGACGGUCAAGCCAGUACACGCAAGCCCACACUGACAGCAGAUAAAACAAGCAUACCAGCAGGGGGCAGUGUGACACUGACCUGCUCUGUGGAGGACUCCAUUGGCUGGAGAUAUGACUGGUUCAGACGCACCUCACAGUCUUCUGCAGCCAAGCUCAUCAAACGCAGUUCCUUACACCACACAAUCAGUGUCUCAGAGGGAGGCAUCUAUCACUGCAGAGGAAGAGGAGUAAAACAGGUUUACUACACAGAGGACAGUAAUGCAGUCACAAUUGAAAAAAUAGGCGAGUGCAUUUUCAACAAGGCUGUUGUAACACAGCAACCCAACUGGUCUGAGAUAUACAGAGGAGAGACGAUCACUGUCAGAUGUGAGAUCCAGGGAGGUGGAGACACUGAGUGGGAGUAUGAAUGGGAAACAACCAGCUCAUUCAAACCUUCAAAUCAACAUGAACACAGGAUCAGUCCUGCUUCAUCAUCCCACAGUGGAGACUACAGGUGUAAGGGCAGAGUGAAAAGUUCACAACAUAGAACAACAGAGUGGAGUUCUUCAGUCAGACUGACAGUGUAUGACAAUAAACCUCGGCCUGUCCUCACUGUGUCUCCAUCAUGGCUGAGUCCUGGAGCCUCAGUAACUCUGAACUGUGAGGUUGAACAUCCAUCUGCAGGAUGGAGGUUCUACUGGUAUAAGACUGUUCCUGAUCUGUCACACAACUCCUACAUCUAUGAACUGUUACCUGGUAACAGCAGAGGGACUGAACAGGAUUCCUACAUCGUUCAUGGUCAGACACACACAGCAGGAUAUGUGUGUAGAGCUGGAAGAGGAGAUCCAGUGUUUUACACUGAGAAUAGUGAACCAAAGUUUGUCUGGUCUGGAGAUCUUCAUCCAGCAGCGUCUCUCACAGUGAAUCCUGACAGAGUGCAGCACUUCACCUUUGACUCUGUCUCACUGAGCUGUGAGGGAAACUCUACUGAGUGGAGAGUGAAGAGGUUUAAUGAACAUGGCUACCAGUCAGACUGCUCUGACUGGAGGAGAAUGACUGGAUCCACAUGUAACAUGAGGCUUUACUGGUAUGGUAAUGCAGUGUACUGGUGUGAGUCUGGAUCAGGAGAAUUCAGCAAUGCAGUCAACAUCACUGUAUGGGGUGAUUAUCAUGGUAUUAUCCUGGUGAGCCCCGUCCAUCCUGUGACUGAGGGAGAGUCUGUUAGUCUUGGCUGCAGAUUCAGGACUGAAAAAAAUCUUUCCAGUGUGUUUUUCUAUCACAAUGACAAACUCAUCCAAAGUGAUACCAGACAGGAGCUGAAUAUCUCUGCAGUGUCAAAGUCAGAUGAAGGUUUCUACAAGUGUCAGUGGUCAGGAAGAAAGUCAGCACAGAGCUGGAUGUCAGUUAAAGUUGCAGUGAUGGAACCUAAAAGCUCUUCAUCUCCUGUGCUGCUGAUCGUUCUGCUGCUUUGUGGAAUAGUAUUGAUUAUUCUCCUGCUGCUGUGUUGCUGCAGAAAGUCAACAGAUCCAUGUUGGAACAGGCUCACUCAGUCUCAAAGAGAGAAUCAGGGCUCUGCUACAAACCAACCAGUCAACCAUGAUGCUAAUCAACAACAAGUAUAUUCCUCUCUUCUCCACAGUGAUGUUUGUGUCUAUGAAACAAUGAGAGUCUUUGGAAACACUGGAGAAGGGCAAUGUGAUGAACCAGAGGAAAGCUCCAUCUAUAUUAACAUAAAUCCACAUUCAGCCACAGGUCCAUAAAAAGAUAAAUGUCAUCAGCAAAACAAGAGAGGUGUGGAAGACUACAUGAAAAAACUACAUUCAUGUUUUGACGUGGCAGUGAAAGACAUAUAUGGGUGUGUGUGUGUGUGUGAGAUAUAUGACUGAUUUGUUACUUAACAGAAGCUGUCCCUCACUGUUUUCACUUUUUAUAGUUUUAAUGUAGAUUCCAUCUGAUAUUUUGGUGGAAUUAAUAAUAAAUCUUUAAAAUGUCA